AGGGCUGCCAGGAGCUGGCGGAUCAUCGCGAAGGGCGUCGCGCGCCUGCUCCCUUUGGUGCCCCUCCUCUUCCUCCCGCGGCUCCCGGUAGCGGGAAGCUCCGGGCGAGCGCACGUGGAGCCCAGCUCCUCCCCUGUCCGCCCCUUUUCCCUCCCCGGGAACCUCCCCGCCGAGAUGGCGCUCGACCCCGACCCCGCAGGAGACACGGAGAGAGAGCGUGAACUCAGUCUGGCAGUAGUAGCCGGAGCUGCGUGUGGCUCCUACUGUUCAGUGGCCACGCGAUCCUGGUCUCUCACUGGUCGCAGGAGUUCCACGACGUUUGCCAUCCCUUCUACCUUCCAGGUUGUGCAUCAGUGGGAGGAACAGCAUCUCAGGCAUGUUGAAAAAGAUGUUUUGAUCCCUAAAAUAAUGAGAGAAAAGGCCAGAGAGAGGUGUUCUGAACAAGUUCAAGAUUUUACCAAAUGUUGCAAGGAAUCUGGACUCCUUAUGGUAGUGAAGUGUCGGAAAGAAAAUUCUGCACUGAAAGAAUGUCUAACUGCCUACUAUAAAGAUCCAGCCUUUUAUGAAGAAUGCAAAAUGGAGUACCUGAAGGAAAGGGAAGAAUUCAGAAAAACUGGAAUUCCUACUAAGAAAAGAUUACAGAAGCUUCCUACCAGCAUGUAGAAAAUAUUCCAGUGACACUCAGAGACUAACGUCCAUAGAAGGCAUUUGUAGUCUAAAUCUCCUGGAUAAUGGACUCAAGAUACAAAUUUGUUUCAUCCUAAUUAUGAAAGUAUCACCUAGAAUAAAGAUCUUUAUUUUAA